AUGGCAAACCCCGGUCCUCGGCGCGGCAAGCUCGCAGAGGUGGUGGACCGCACGGGCAGCGCCUACCGCGCCUGGCUGCGCGAUCUGGCUGCCCGCGACCCUGAGCUGGCGGACGGCGGCAUCCGGCUCCGCCCAAGCGCGGGCCGUGCCGUGAACGCGCCGGCGGACAAGCGCACGCCGGCGGAGCGGUUCCUGGCCAGGCUGCCUGAGAAGGUCGUGCGCGGGGGGCAGGUCGUCGACGUGCGUGGUGCGAUCGCGGAGAGGCUCAUGCCAGGCGGCAGCGCCGCCAGGGUCUCCUCGGAGCCCCCGGCGCCCGGGGGCGCGGGCGCCGCCGGCGCGGAGGCGCGCGGCUGCGAGGUCUCGCUGCUGGCCGCCGGGCGCGACCCGGACGCGCCCUCGGCGCGGCUGCAGGUCAAGCUGGAGGGGGGGCAGCGGGUGCUCCUGCGCAUGGAGCCCGACGCCACCGUGGGCGCGCUCUGGGAGGCCCUGGGCCGCUGGCGCGCGGAGCACGGCGUGGCCCGUGCUGGUGACGACGGGCGCCAGUGGUGUCUGCGCUCGGCCUUCCCGCCCCGGGCGUUCGCGGACAAGUCGCAGACCCUGCGGGAGGCCGGUCUCGUGCCGAGCGCCGCGCUGUUCGUGAGCGCCGGGGCUUGCGACUGCUAG